AUACAGUCUUUAAUUCAAACCAACAGGGCAAGACAAGGCAGGGCAGACACACACACACACACACACACACAGGAACACCGGGAGUAACGAGUAGACCAGACGAAAAGCAACUGAACAGGCAGGAACUAAAUACACAGGCUAAUUACACACACAACUGAAUGAAAUCAUAAACAAUCAAACUAAACAAGGACAGGAAAAACCAUUUAAGGACACAAGAGGGCGGGAAACACACGACAGAGGACUGACAAUUAACAAUGUGUAGAGACUACAAUAUAUAAACUACAAAUAAACUAUAAACUAAUAGUUUGUUAAUGAUUUAAGUACUUUAUUAGUGUAUACUUAUUAUAAAGUGUUAGCCAUUACUUCAACUAUUUUAAAUAAAUUAAAUUUUUAUAGGUUAUACAGACAUCCAGUGAUUUCGACUCAUCACAUGUCAGAGCUCUUCUGAGGUGAAUGGUUUCUCUCAGGUCUGUGGCCUGUACCUGAGAUCAUAGUUCAUUGACAAAUAAGUUACAAUGUUUGUAAUAUAACCAAUAUGGUCAAGGAUUGGAUCAUUCUAGAAAGUUACAGAAACAGUGUGUGUGAUGAUCAUGGAUUUGGCACAUGCGCUUUGCUGAGACUGUUGCUACUGCGUGUUUUGAGCUUGAGCUCCGUCGAGUUAAUUACUUAUCAUCUAUUUUCUAUCUUAAGAUCAGUUUUAUACACUAUCAUUUUCGUUUCUAUAACGUGUGAUUAUAUCCCCUAUAGCAUUCUACAACAAAAGCAAUCAGAGCGCCUUGUUAUCACUAGUUUUAUUUUGAUUUCCCGAGUCUGCUAUUAGCUUAUAGCCAGUUAGCAUCGCCAGCGUGGUUGCUGCUAAUCUCGCUUACGUUGCUAAUACUCUAUUACACACAUUACCAUUGUUUCACUGUUACUUGCCUAAAUGGCGGAAUUGUGUCUACCUCUGAGUGCAGGUGAGGACACGUUCGAGCUACAUUCGGUGCAGCUGGAGCGGGAGGCCGUGGAGAAGCAGAUCCGCAACCUGGUGGAGAAGCAGGCCCAGCUGAGAGAGCGGAGAGCCACGCUGGAAACAUCCUGGGCUGACACUCACAAGUCCGGGGUAAGUAUACAGUGCGCUGCAAACACUCCGACCACCUCUACUCCGUGUGUUUCUCUGCACAGGCCCUGUGCACCCAGGACACGAUCUUCCCAGGUGUCCUUCACUCCGGCGCCGGGACGCCACGGACCUUGGGUGCACCAGCAGCGGAAGACGCGAGCCAGGCCCCGGGUGAUGACCUCUCCCCCUCCGCCGCCUCCAGUCUUCAAGAUCUCCACCCGGAACCGCUUCGCUCCCCUCCGCGAGACGGAACGCGAUGCUGUGAUCGUCGGAGACUCCAUCGUCCGGCACGUCCGUGCUACGUUAGCUGAAGGUAAAGUGCACACUUACUGUUUCCCUGGUGCUCGUGUUCUCGAUGUUUCUGCGCAGAUACCCGUGAUCCUGAAGGGCGAUGAGAGCGCCGGCGCUGUCGUGCUGCACGCGGGGGUUAACGACACCAAGCUGCGGCAGACGGAGACACUGAAGAGGGACUUCAGGAUCCUGAUCGAGACGGUACGCAGCACAUCGCCCGCGACGACGAUCAUCGUGUCAGGACCGCUUCCCACGUAUCGACGAGGACACGAAAGGUUCAGUAGACUUUUUGCUUUGAACGAAUGGUUAUUGUCAUGGUGCAAAGAACAGAAACUGCUCUUUGUUAAUAAUUGGAAUCUUUUCUGGGAGCGUUCUAGGCUUUUCCGUGCUGAUGGCCUGCACCCCAGCAGAGUCGGAGCCGAACUCCUGUCGGACAACAUCUCCAGGACGCUACGCUCCAUCUGACUAGAAUUACUGAAGCGUCAGUCUGGAUCCAACCCUUAAAAAGAUCCGGGAUGACCAAACACCUGAGCAGAGAUGAUGGCAACCCCUCAGAGGACCACGGAGGAUGCCAACCCUCAGACAACAUACACAAUUACCAAGUUAAGUCUGUCAUAACUUAAAUAUAUUGGGUUUCUUCUUCACAUAUGUAUGUGUAUAUAUGUGUGCAUGUGUGCAUAUGUGUAUGCAUGUAUGUAUAUAUGUAUAUAUAUAUAUGUGUAUGUGUAUAGUAGAAACUUAAUUUCCAGUAAAGCUGCUUUGCAACGAUUGUAUCGUAAAAAGCGCUAUACAAAUAAACUUGAAUUGAAUUUGGAUCAUGAUGAUGGAUUUGUGUCUGUUGAUUCUGUUGAAUGUGAUGUCUGUCUGUAGUGACUCUUUAUUCACCACCAGCUGAUGCA